UAAAAUCUAUCAUUCUACCGAGGUUCGAACCCAGGACCUCCUGAUUGCAGGCAUGGUCACUCUGUGUGUCACACCACCCUCUAUUCUCCAGCUCAACAGCCGUUAAGGCUUCAUUAUGAUGAUCUACUGGGCGACACAAAUAAAAGUUACAAUUCUACCGAGGUUCGAACCAGGGACCUACUGAUUGCAGGUAUGGUCACUCUGUGUGUCACACCACCCUGCAUCCUCUGACCCACCAGCCCUCAAGGCUUCAUUAUGAUGAUCUGCUGGGCGACGUAAAUAAAAGCUAAGACUCAGCCGAGGUUCGAACACAGGACCUCCUGAGUGCAGGCAUAGUCACUCUGUGUGUCACGCCACCUUCUAUUCUCCAGCUCAGCAGCCCUUAAGGCUUCAUUGUGAUGAUCUGCUGGGUGACGUAAAUAAAAGCUAAGACCCAGCCGAGGUUCGAACACAGGACCUCCUGAGUGCAGGCAUGGUCACUCUGUGUGUCACGCCACCUUCUAUUCUCUAGCUCAACACCCCUUAAGGCUUCAUUAUGAUGAUCUGCGGGGCGACGCUAUUAAAAUCUAUCAUUCUGCCGAGGUUCGAACCAGGGACCUACUGAUUGCAGGCAUGGUCACUCUGGGAGUCACACCACCCUUUAUUCUCCAGCUCAACAGCCCUUAAGGCUUCAUUAUGAUGAUCUGCCGGGCGACGCAAAUAAAAGUUACAAUUCUACCGAGGUUCGAACCCAGGACCUCCUGAUUACAGGUAUGGUCACUCUGUGCGUCACGCCACCCUGCAUCCUCUGACCCAGCAGCCCUCAAGGCUUCAUUAUGAUGAUCUGCUGGGCGACGCAAAUAAAAGCUAAGACUCGGCCAAGGUUUGAACCCAGGAACUACUGAUUACAGGUAUGGUCACUCUGUGUGUCACGCCAGCCUGCAUCCUCUAAACCACCAGCCCUCAAGGCUUCAUUAUGAUGAUCUGCUGGGCGACGCAAAUAAAAGCUAAGACUCGGACAAGGUUUGAACCCAGGACCUCCUGAUUAUAGGUAUGGUCACUCUGUGUGUCACGCCACCCUGCAUCCUCUGACCCACCAGCCCUCAAGUCUUCAUUAUGAUGAUCUGCUGGGUGACGUAAAUAAAAGCUAAGACCCAGCCGAGGUUCGAACACAGGACCUCCUGAGUGCAGGCAUGGUCACUCUGUGUGUCACGCCACCUUCUAUUCUCUAGCUCAACAGCCCUUAAGGCUUCAUUAUGAUGAUCUGCGGGGCGACGCAAAUAAAAUCUAUCAUUCUGCCGAGGCUCGAACCAGGGACCUACUGAUUGCAGGUAUGGUCACUCUGUGUGUCACGCCACUCUGCAUCCUCUGACCCACCAGCCCUUAAGGCUUCAUUAUGAUGAUCUGCUGGGCGACGCAAAUAUAAGCUACAAUUCUACCGAGGUUCGAACCAGGGACCAACUGAUUGCAGGUAUGGUCCCUCUGUGUGUCACGCCACCUUCUAUUCUCCAGCUCAACAACCCUUAAGGCUUCAUUAUGAUGAUCUGCUGGGUGACGUUAAUAAAAGCUAAGACUCGGCCGAGGUUUGAACCCAUGACCACCUGAGCGCAGACAUGGUUACUCUGUGUGUCACACCACCCUCUAACUGCCGGCUCACCAGCCCUUAAGGCAUCAUUAUGAUGAUCUGCUGGGCGACGCAAAUAAAAGCUACAAUGAUGACAGCGGGAUCAUUGUACAACAAAGGAGCUUCCAGUGAAUGUCCAGUGGCAAGAGCAAGAUUGUAUGGGUUUUGCUUCAGUGCUGAGUGUCAGUGCAGUUAUCUAAUAAAGCAGUGUAUAUUUGCACUGGUGAUGAUAGCGGCUCUUAACUGUGUGUAUAUUUGCACUGGUGAUGAUAGCUGCUAUUAACAGUGUGUAUAAUUGUACAUAUUUCAGGUAAAGGUUCUGAUUUUGAGAGGGUUAGGCCCCAAUUCUGACCGUGGCAUAUUCUAUAAAGUUGUCAGAAUUUGCUCUCUCUCUCUUUUUGGGUGCCGGACGAUUGACCAUGGAAUAGGUGACUUAGCCCUAUGCCUGCUUACACACAGCAAAGAAUAAAUUGCAGUGUCAGGAAUAAUUGCAGUGUCGGGAAUAACUGAAUCAAUAAGGAUCUGACAUACUGAAUGGAUGUUUGUGCUCACCGUGUUCGGAUUGGAUGCCAUGUCAUUCUCUGACUUGCGGGGAGGUGAAGAACCAUCUUUAAGCAAGACACAAAUAUACAUUCAUAUUCCAGCUCAUUAUUCAAGACUAAAUAUGAAGGAAAUGAACUUCAUUAAAUCCUCAGUAAAGAUACACAAGUUACAAAUCACACAUGAUAAACAUUCUAAUCUAUUAUGGGGAUCUAUCUGCUCCGGGGUGUCUGUGUGUGUCUGGGAGCAGGGAUCGAUCUCCCCUGGGGGGUCUGUGUGUGUCUGGAAGCAGGGAUCGAUCUGCCCCGGGGGAUGUGUGUGUGUCUGGGAGCUAGGAUCUAUCUGCCCUGGGGCGUCUGUGUGUGUCUGGGAGCUGGGAUCUAUCUGCCCUGGGGCGUCUGUGUGUGUCUGGGAGCUGGGAUCUAUCUGCCCUGGGGCGUCUGUGUGUGUCUGGGAGCUAGGAUCUAUCUGCCCUGGGGCGUCUGUGUGUGUCUGGGAGCUGGGAUCUAUCUGCCCCGGGGGGUCUGUGUGUGUCUGGGAGCAGGGAUCGAUCUCCCCUGGGGGGUCUGUGUGUGUCUGGAAGCAGGGAUCGAUCUGCCCCGGGGGAUGUGUGUGUGUCUGGGAGCUAGGAUCUAUCUGCCCUGGGGCGUCUGUGUGUGUCUGGGAGCUGGGAUCUAUCUGCCCCGGGGCAUCUGUGUGUGUCUGGGAGCAGGGAUCUAUCUGCCCCGGGGGGUCUGUAUGUGUCUGGGAGCAGGGAUCUAUCUGCCCUCGGGGGUCUUUGUGUGUCUGGGAGCUGGGAUCUAUCUGCCCCGGGGCAUCUGUGUGUGUCUGGGAGCUGGGAUCUAUUUGCCCUGGGGUGUCUGUGUGUGUCUGGGAGGUGGGAUGUAUCUGCCCCGGGGGGUCUGUGUGUGUCUGGGAGCUGGGAUCUAUCUGCCCCGGGGGGUCUGUAUGUGUCUGGGAGAUAGGAUCUAUCUGCCCAGGGCGUCUGUGUGUUUCUGAGAGCAGGGAUCUAUCUGCCCCAGGGGGUCUGUGUGUGUCUGGGAGCUGGGAUCUAUCUGCCCCGGGGGGUCUGUGUGUCUGGGAGCAGGGAUCUAUCUGCCCCGGGGAGUCUGUGUGUAUCUGGGAGCAGGGAUCUAUCUGCCCCGGGGCGUCUGUGUGUGUCUGGGAGCUGGGAUCUAUCUGCCCUGGGGGGUCUGUGUGUGUCUGGGAGCUGGGAUCUAUCUGCCCUGGGGGGUCUGUGUGUGUCUGGGAGCUGGGAUCUAUCUGCCCCUGGGGGUCUGUAUCACUAACCCACCACAGAGUCACAGUAUGAAAUGGGGGAUAAUCACACCGUCCAGGACCAUGAAAGGUGUACAGGAGACACUGGAGGGUCACGGUGCCAUCGGACUGCGACUUUCUCACUGUAAGAACACAGAAAGCAAACAUUCUACCUCAUGUCACUUUCUUUAUCUCCCGUUUCUUUCUAGGUCUUAAAAUGACAGCAGAUAAAAUGCACAGAUGCGCUACAGCCUUAAGCAUCGCUGUUUAACCCGAGAUUACGGCCUUGUUGGUGACGGACUAAACAUCUAUCUGGCCAUUAUCCAUAACUGCGGAUCUAACCAAGUCCUGUCGUUUGUGUCGUCGAAGGAAACUAGAGUUUCUGCGCAGGAAACCAAUAUAACCAAAGAGAGACAUGCAGACAUAAAAGCUUAAUUACUGCAUGAAAAGCUUCAUGCAUAAAUAUAUAAAAAUGUAAAACAGCUGGUCAAGUUUAUGAAAAAUUUCAAGAGCAAUAAUAUUCCAUGAGGGAAACACUCACCGGUAAGAACAGACAGGGAAGCAGCAGCAUCAUUUCCGUAACGUGAUGCAUUGAUAAACUGCCGACAUGUAUAUGAUCCAGCGUCUUCAGCGCUGACAUUAUUAAUGUGUAGAGAGCAGUCAGUCAGCAAACCUAGUCUCCUGUGUUUCUGUGGGUCUCUGAUCUUCCCAUGAGCGACCAGUUCAACAGUUCAAAAAUCAUGCAGGAUAUCUAUACUGAUGUAGACUGGGUAAUAUAUUAGGAACAAAAAGAUGCCACAUUGUUUGACGUAAAUGAAAUUAUCAACCUAUAGAGCGCUGAAUUCAAAGACACCCCGAAAAUCUAAGUGAGAAAUGAUAUGGCAGGCUAGUCCAUUUUGUCGAAAUUUCAUUACAGUAACUCAGAAUCAUACUCAGUAGUUUGUAGGGGUGAGAGAAAAAAUCGAUGCAUCGAUGCAUCUUUUUUCUUUCUCUAACGAUUCAAAAUCGAUUCUCAAAUAUUCAGAAUCGAUUCUGUGUUAUAUCAAAUUGCGACUGCGCGCUGGAAACAUAAACAUUACAACGCUCGCCUCUUACAUAUGCUGCUCUUCAUUUGAACAAUGGACAAACUACAUCCUGCACCAUCAAAUUUAAAAUCGACUGUAUGGCAACAUUUUGGAUUUUGUGAAGACAAAGAGAAAGGGGUCGUUGAUAAAAGUCAUACUGUGUGCAAAGUCUGUCGCGCCAAAUUUAAGUAUUUCGGGAACACUACUAAUAUGAAGAAACAUAUAACACGGUUCCACUCAGAGCUGCAGGAACGGACUUCGGUCCCGAUCGCGUCCAGCGCCGGUUUCACUCAAAGGACCCUCGAGCAAGUAGCAAAGCUUCCAUCCAAUUCUGAAAAAGCCAAGCGAAUUACACGGUCAGUGGCGGGUUUCAUUGCCAAAGAUUUGCGUCCUUACUGUGUAGUGGAGAACGAAGGAUUUCGCUCAAUGUUACAGGUGCUUGAGCCAAGAUAUAGUGUGCCGUCACGACGUUAUUUCAGUGACACUGCAAUACCCGCACUCUACAGGGAGACUAAAGCUCAAAUUUUAGAAUCAAUAAGUAAUACGUACAGGAUUGCAAUAACAUGCGAUGCAUGGACAUCAAUUUCAACAGACUCGUAUGUCACCAUUACGGCUCACUACAUCACGGAUGAGUUUAAGCUCACGGCUUGUGUUCUGCAAAAGCGGGCUAUGAAUGAAAGCUACACAGGCACAAAUGUUGCUGAACUUUUGCAAAGUGUUGCAAACGAAUGGAAAAUUGCAAACAAAAACUUAGUUUUGGUGACUGACAAUGCCUCUAAUAUGGCUAUUGCAGCACAGCUUAGCAAGUUCCCACAUGUGAGAUGUUACGCACACACACUUAAUUUGGCCUCUCAGCGAGCGCUAAAGUUGCCGGCAGUUUCAAGGCUGUUAGGGAGAGUGAGGCGCAUUGUAACGUUUUUCCAUCGCAGCACAACUGCAAAGCAUCAGUUGGAGGAGAAACAAAAACAGCUUAAUCUGCCAUCUCAUAAACUAAAAUCUGAUGUCAUCACUAGAUGGAACAGCGCAUAUGAGAUGCUUGAACGAUUCAUUGAGCAACAACCGGCUGUCUGCGCUGCGUUACUGUCACCUGAGGUGAGAAAAGGGUCAUCUUUGCUUCAGUGUCUGCUGGGACAGACCUUCUCUGAUGCUUCUGUUACACCACAUCAUCAGUCAGCCCAUGCCAUAGCUGAAGAGGAGAUGACCAGAUAUCUGGGUUCUCCACCACUCUCUCUAUCUGAGGACCCCCUCAACUGGUGGCAUGUAAACAAGGUGUCGUUUCCUUUGCUCUCCAAAAUGGCAAAGAGGUAUUUAUGCAUUCCUGCAACCAGUGUCUCUGCAGAGAGAGUCUUUUCCACUGCAGGAGAUAUUGUUACGGCCCAGCGAAGCACACUUACUCCUGAACAUGUGGACCAACUGCUCUUCCUUCACAAAAAUUUGAACUUGGCAAUAUAAUUACAAUACAUAAACUAUGGUGAGAUGUUAGAUAUUUAAGUUAUUUAAUUUGUACCUUGAUAUUUUUUUGCAGUAUGAUUGAAAGAUAAUUCAUUGCAGCUCUGAAGAUAAUUCUAAAGGUUCUAAACAAAAAUAAAUAAGACAUUCCUUCCUUUGUUAAAAGGUUCUAAACAAACUGAAAACAACACAUUUGUUGAUUUGUUGUUACAAUUGUUCUUAGUAAUUGUUCAUCCUGAUAUAAUUUUGUUAAAAUAAAAGCUAUAAAAGUC